AUGACAAAAACCAAACCAUUCAGCGUGAAGGAAAAGGCAGAGUUCAAUCAAUACUGGUAUUCUCCCAAUACCAUCGAGACUCUCGUAGGCGAACUGCUAUCUAUUCAUCAGCACAAGAACCUAGAUGAGCCUCUACGUGUUGCCUGCCUCUCAACACCUAGUGUUUACUUCACAGUGGCCGCAGCGCCCGAGCUCUCGGACAAGCUCGAGUGCUGGUUAUUCGAUUUCGAUACCCAUCUACUGCAAGGUGAGAAGUGUGUCAAGUUCGACUAUCGAAAGCCCAAGGAGAUAGCCGAAGAUCUGCAGCACACUUUCGACUGUGUGGUCAUCGAUCCUCCCUUUAUAACAGAAGAAGUUUGGAAUAACUACGCCGAAGCUGCGAAGCUGUUGGUCUCGACUGAUGGGGUUUUCAUCGGCUCGAGCGUCCGCGAGAAUGGAGACUUGCUAUGGAAGCUGCUUGAGAUGACGGCAGUACCGUUCCAGCCAUCGAUACCAAAUUUGGUGUAUCAGUACGACUUCUUCACAAACUACGUCUUGGAAGGUCCGUUCAGGCAUAUCAACAGUGAGGUGUAG